AUGGACGACGACGACUUGCCGCUUUUAGAGUCCGACUUUGAUACUGAUUUCGAGUCCGACUCCGACAUGCUUCUCACCCCGACCAGCUCGAUCUCAGGCGAGCGUCCGGCGCCUUCUUCCUCUGCGCCUACUGCGCCUACUACCGAUGAGACGCCUGCCUUUUUGCAGGUUCAGAUUACCCUGCCUCCUCGGAUGGGAAGGUGGAUUCUCUGGAGGAGACGAGCCGCUGUUGCUGAUAUCCAACUUCGAUUUACAGAAGACCGCAAGUGGGUGGCGUAUACGUUGGUCGGGCUUUGGACUGGCGCGGCGUUUCUCUCGUACGGGGUUUUGGUUUCGAUGCUUGUUCGGGGAUUCAAGACGUAUUGCAGUUGCUGA